AUGGGGAAUGUGACGUCGAACAUGGCGGCGAAAUUCGCCUUCUUCCCGCCGGACCCGCCGACGUAUGACGUGCUGGAGGAGGAAGAAGAGAGGAUGGUGUGGUGGUGCCAGGUGUCACGGAGGACAAGAACAUGGAUGUCCAUACGUUGGAUAUCAAAGCUGGGAACAAGGUUGUGGCCAUGUUAUGGAAUCACCCUUUUGCCAGAUUCACCCUUCUCUAUUCCCAUGGCAACGCCGCCGACCUCGGCCAAAUGCAUUAGCUCUUCAUCGAGCUCAGGGCUCAUCUCCGAGUCAACAUCAUGUGCUAUGACUAUUCAGGCUAUGGAGCAUCUUCUGGAAACGCGCCGGUCACCAGCGUCGUGA